AUGGGCUUCUCAGAAGAUCCAGCCCUGCAGCCUCUCAUCUUUGGGCUGUUCUUUUUGAUUUACCUGGUCACAGUGCUUGGGAACCUGCUCAUUGCCCUGGCCAUCAGCUCAGAUUCCCACCUCCACACCCCCAUGUAUUUCUUCCUCUGUAACCUGUCCUUGGCUGAUGUGGGUUUCACCUCUACCACGGUUUCCAAGAUGAUUGUGGACAUCCACACUCACGGCACAGCCAUCUCCUAUGUGGGCUGCCUGACACAGAUGUCUCUCUUUAUUAUCUUUGGGUGCAUGGGUGAUUUGCUUCUGACCGUGAUGGCCCAUGACCGGUUUGUCACCAUUUGUCAUCCACUGCAUUACCAGGUCAUCAUGAACCCCUGCCGCUGUGGCUUCUUACUUUCCAGGUCCUUUGUGGCCAGUGUUUUGGAAUACCUGCUGCAGAAUUUGAUGGUAUUAAGAGCUACCUGCUUGAAAGUUGCUGACAUUUCUAAUUUCUUCUGUGAACCUUCCCAGCUUCUCACCCUUACCUGCUCUGACACUUUCACUCAUGACACAGCCAUAGAUUUUGUUGGCAUCAUCAUAUAUGGUUUUCUCCCUAUCUCAGGGAUUCUCCACUCUUACUACAAAAUCAUUUCCUCCAUUCUGAGAGUCCAUCAGCUGGUGGGAAGUACAAAGCCUUCUCCACCUGUGGCUCUCACGUUGUAUGUUCAUUUUAUGGAACACCCCUCGGGGUGUAUCUCAGUUCAGCAGCCUCACUUUCUUCCAGGAAGUGUGCAGUGGCCUCAGUGA